AUGUUGAACAGACGAAUUAUGAAACAUGACUUGAUGAAAUUAGGUCUCACAUCUAACCGUGUUAAAAAGUCACUCUCUGGAAUUAUGUUAUUUAUUCACGAAAAAUUAAUAUCCACGAUGGCUGAAUUGCAGUCAUCAACUUUCCAGUUUCAUUCACAAACGUUUGGUCAGAACAUUCGUAUUGAAAAUAAUGGUGCACACGCCAAGCGUUUCAGCAGUUUUGAUAAUGGUAUUACAUUUUCAAGUAAACCGGUUCAAAUCAAUGAACGUGUCUAUAUUAAAAUUGUUGAUAUUGAUGAAACGAAACAAUGGUGUGGUUCAUUGGCAAUUGGUUUUACACAAGUUGAUCCAUCGUUGAUUAAUCAAAAAGAUUUACCAAAAACAGCAUCACCAAAUCUCAGCCAGAUAACAAGUGGAAAAUCUUGGUUAAAACGUCUUUAUGAAACAUUAUCAAAACAUUUAAUAAUAACAUUUUUUUAUAAUAUGGAUGGAGCAUUCUAUAUUUUAGAUGGACAAGAGCAAGAAAUUUCAAAAAAUAUCGAAAUUAAUAAACCUAUAUGGGCAUUAAUUGAUAUUUAUGGAAAUGUUAAAGGUUGUACAUUUACAGUAGCACCAAAAAUAUUGGAUGAUGGACGAUCAUUAUUUGAAAAAUAUAAUCAAAAACCAGAUAAAUUAGAAUUAAAAUAUUAUAAAGAUUUAAAUAUAUCAUCAUUAAAACCGUUAACAUUUAGUAGUGUACAUGGACCAGAAAUUGAAUUAUAUUGUGAAUAUAAAUUAGCAUUGCGUAAACGUUGUAAUCGUUUAAUACGUCCAUAUUUAUUUGUUAAUUUUGCCAUUGGUCCAAGUGAUGAAUUUUAUUUUCGUCUACUAUCAGUUGAUCCUGUUUAUCGUACAUCGGGCUAUUUUGGUUUAACAAAUGUUAAUCCGUCUAUGUUUGAAAAUCGUCUUGAAACAUUACCAUCAGAUCCAAAUUCAUUAUUAGAUCGUAAAGAAUAUUGGCUAUUAUUUGAUAAUGUAUUUGAUGAACAAUUACAUGAAUUAGAUGAAUAUAAAAUAGCAUAUGAUACAGAUACGGGUGAAAUUAUAUUAGAAAAAAAUAAUAAACCUGAUAGUAAAAAGACAAUUGUAUUUGCUGAUAAAACUCAAACAUUAUAUCCAUUUUUUUUUAUGAAUGGUCGUAUAACAAGUUUAUCAUUAAUUGGACUUGUGGCAGAAAAUUUAAUGAAUAUCAUUGAUGAUCCAGCAAAACAAGCAAGAAUGAUUGAUGGUGAAAUUGAUGAUUCGGAUUUAUGUCCAAUUUGUUGUGAAAGAAAAGUGACUUGUGUUUUAAUACCAUGUGGUCAUUUAACGUUUUGUGUUGAAUGUCGAGACAAAUAUAAAGAGAAAAUUUGUGAGUUUAUUGUUUUUAUUAAACAAAUAUCAUUUUUAGAUCAAAAAUAG